AUAAAAGAAUGACGUCUCAAAGAGGUUUUCCAAAACAUUCGUAGGAUUUGUGCUAAGGGCCGGAAAGUUGAGUUUUAAAUUCUUCCGAUAGGUCAUUUUGCCUCAAUGGCAGAAAUGGAAGCAGUUGGAGAAGAGCAGGGAGCGAAAGAGACAGCAACGGAGGUGCAUAGCAGUAGUAUAGUUGAUGAUCAUGAGGAGGAGAAGAAGAAGAGCAUGACACCGUGGGAGCAGCACUCGUGUGUAAUCAGCAUCCCUCGCUUCGACUACAAUGCUCCCUUUUCGCUUCUCUGCAACUCCCAUUCCGGCUUCCUUGUUACCUGCACCAUCAAGAGGGAGAAAAGUGCUACCAAAGAAGCAUUGUCUAUCCUUGAAAAGUAUGUAGGGUCCUUUGCUAAUGGAAGCUCUGAAAUUUUGGAGAAAUUGGAUGAUAAUUCCGUUAGUAAGAGGAGGAAAAUAUGCACAGACGAUCUAGAUAGGGAAAGUAUCAACAAUGGGGGAAGCAACACUGCUUCCAGUAACUCUGGGGACAAUAGCAGUAAUUGCAAACCUUCAAAAGGCAUAUGUUCUUCUCCUGCAAGGGUGGAUAUAAAUCUUGAGGAAGGUCCUGUUCUUUCACUAGUUAAGCUGACUAGGAGUGGUUUGCUUCUAUUUAUCUUCCCCAGAAACAGUGCAGCUGAAACUGUUGGUACUGUAUCAAAUAUUAUGGAUUCUUUUGAGUCUGGGAUUUCAAAAUCACCUCUCUGGUGUCAUCGUAUUUUCCCCAUCCAAGCAACAUGUGCUUUAAAUGAGAAGGAACUGCAAGCAGUUGUGUCAAAGCUUGUUCUUCAGUUUCUGAAUGACAAACAGCAGGAACUUGCACGUCCUGUAAAGUUUGCAGUUGGAUAUAAUACAAGAGGAAUCAAGGAGACUGAGAUGAAGAUUCUGAAAGAUACUUCAAAUGGCUCCAAUGCAUUUGCAUUGUUGGACCGCAACAAAUGCUUUUCCGUUGUGGCUGCUGCAGUGAAAAAUGUUGCGUCAGAUUCAGUUGUUGAUCUCCAAUCACCAGCGUUAUCUGUUCUUGUUGAGCUGCUACCGCUUUCUGGAGUGCCCAAUGGGAAAUUAGUGGUUGCUGUCUCAGUUCUCCCACGAAAGCUUGUUAAUACCAAACCACGGCUCUGCAUCAAGGCUCUGGUUUCUGAUGUCAAAGCGAGGGAUGACGGAAGGCAUUAGAAAGAUUGUGGACUAGAGCAUUUAUUUUUUCACAAUUUUGUGUCAAAUGGACACAUGGACUAUUUCUUCUUACUGCAAACACUGCCCUAUUGGCUCGACCAGUUUUAGGCGUUCUUCGUACUAUCAAUGAUUCUCUAUCAUGGUUGGGCCAUAUUUCAAGGCUCAAAGAUGCCCCAGCAUUUGAGGUUUAAAGAAUGCCAUGUAAGGCAAGAUUUUGCAGAAGCGGUGUACGAGUUUGAUGUGUAGGCAGUGAUGUUUUAAAGACUGACCGAGUUAAUAAUCUACGUUGUUGAUAGUGUAUUUUGUUUUAAUUAACCGUGAAUGUAUCCAUUAAUCAGUCGAAAUAUGUUCAAAUCUUGUGUUUUAUAGAAUUUUUAGUCGUAUUUAUAUCCUGGUGUAAUACCCAAAUGGUUUGCAGUUUUGUGGAUUAAAA